UUAAUGUCGUCUAAACACAACUUUUAGAAAAUAAAACGAAACUGCUAUCAUGACGCUUCACACUCCCGCCAAGAUGUCCGAUGGAAACCUUUCAUAAUAAUUAAGACAAGACAUAAUACGAAAAAGUAUAGCAAGUCGAAUAAAAAUUCAGAUCUGGAUCCCAUGGAAGAGAUUCGCUUCCGGAAAAAACAUGGCGCAAUGUGGAUCGACAUACAAAAGGAAACGCAUUUCACUUUCGACGAACUGGAACAAAUAAUGGUCAUAUUUUUCAAGAUACAAAAGCGCGAUGAGAAACCGGCGGGACACGAUUUGAUAUCCAGAGCUCACUUCAGGGAUGUCCUACACACAGGCCUCGGCAUGACAGACGCGUACAUGAUGGAGCGGGUGAUGGUAGCCCUGGAUCGAGGGACCUCCCCCUACGUCACCAUGGCCACCUUCGCCAAAGCCCUCUCCCUCUACCUCCGCGGCGAUCUGGAAGAGAGGAUCUCCUACGCAUUCACUUGCUAUGAUCUGCUGGGAGAGGGAUCUCUUAGAAGAGAAACUAUGUACCAGCUAAUGAAAAAGAGUCUGGCCAAGGCUUCUCGAGAUGAUGACGUCGAAGAGGCAGUCAAGGAGCUGGUAGACAUCAUCUUGAAGCGCAUGGACGCCGACCUAGAUGGCGUGAUCAACUUCAAGGACUUCCACGACUCGGUUGUGAAGACCCCUCCGUUGCUGGAACUCCUGGGCUACUGCCUGCCGGAGAGGCCGGCGGUUUACUCCUUCUUGGGCACCUGGUGCCCGCAUUGGCGCAAGAUGUGAUACUGACAUUUGAAAAUUGUAGAUCAAAUUACUUCUUUCUAGUUUAUUUGAACGCAUCAUAAAAGCCUUUUCAGUCUAGCGAUUUGUUCGAUGAUUUAUCGAUAAAUCGCACUAACUACGCUACCAGUAAGUUGAUAAUCGCGGAGAGAUUUCGUCCGCAGAGAUAUCGUCAGUCAAGUCGCUAGUGUGGAAGGGUAUAAUAGCAUUGCUAUACACUGAUACACUUACUGAAAAUAAAAUCUUGUUCAUUUAUACUUUUAUAUAAUUACAGUAAUAGCUACAAACGUCAAGCUAAUAUCGAUAUGCGAGUAUUACACAAGAGUUUGCCUAUCGCGUUUUCCAAUGUGAUUUUAUACCGCUGAAUAAAAUAUAUUUUCGUAUCAGUGCUAUCAAUAUAUUAAAUACCGAUAGCAUUAAAACUUACCUACUUGUAGUUGCAAAAGCUGCUUAAAACCUACAUAUCUCUACUUUCUAAAAAUAAUAUUUCUUGCAUGAAUGAAAAGAAA